AUGCCCUUCGGGAAGAACAUUCGAGACGAGCCGGUCAAUAAUUCGAAUAUGCUGAUCGAUCAGGCCCGAGAGGAAAAGCCAAUGGAGAGGCGCCACGAGUAAGAUGACAGCGCAGUGGAGAAAACGCACGUGGCCUCCGGUGAUUGGCUUGCUCUUGUUUUUGGGAGUGUAGGCGCUCCCAACACCUCCACUCCAAGUAGGUCAGUACCGCUUCUGGCGUGGGUUGGGAGCGCCUACACUCCCAAAAACAAGAGCAAGCCAAUCACCGGAGGCCACGUGCGUUUUCUCCACUGCGCUGUCAUCUUACUCGUGGCGCCUCUCCAUUGGCUUUUCCUCUCGGGCCUGAUCGAUCAGCAUAUUCGAAUUAUCGACCGGCUCGUCUCGAAUGUUCUUCCCGAAGGGCAUUGGGCCGAACGCCGGCGAAGCACCGUAAGGCGUUAUAAAUACGCUUUACUUCCAGUUCAUUUUGACUUGCAUUUUUCUAAUACACAGUUUCGUGGCCGGUCGCGUUCUCCGCAAGUUGAAAGGCAAUACUUUAGUGAAAUGGGAAAUGGAGCGGAGCGGAGUGAACUACCAAGUGUAACUCCGAAAGAAAAACACAUAUGGAAAAGAAAACGGCAUAUUAUUCCAUCUCACAGUGAGAUAAGGAAGAAUAAGUGGAAAGAAGAUUUUAAAGUGGGAUUGCGAUUGGAGCGGAUAGGAGAAUAGUACCAUGUGCAUCUCCGACAUGAAAGCAGCUGCGGAAGAGAAAAUGGCAUACUAAGGAUAGUAACGGUGAGAUAAAUAUGAAUAAGGGGAAAAUAGAUAUUUUGGUUGGAUUGGGAAUGGAGUAUAUGGACAAAUUUUCCAGUCGCGGCGUGUUGUUUACGCGGGCGGGAGUGCCUGGGUUAGCAGAAGGAGGUGGUUGUCUGACUGUUGGUCGUGUAAUUGGACAAAUUAGGGGAGGAAUAGAGGACGCAUGCAGACAAUGCCUCACAGGUAUCAAGCCAGGGCGUUAGACGCGCGUGAGGUGAUGAAAGAUUGUGAGGUCAGCCGAGAAUAACUGAAGUUGGACCGGAGGUGUCUGAGGGUUAGCCGGCAGCUCGACGAUGUUUACAGCCAUGCUCUUUCAAGGCAUCUCUAACGGCCUCAGGGAGACGAUCCCACCCGACAGUAGAGGCCACUGCUGCUGGCAGCAAUGCCAAUCUUCACACUCGCCGUCUGUUUCUCUGGGACCGUAUCGCUGGCGCCAAAUUUUUUGCCGACUCUGGUGCCGAGGUUAGCGUGGUUCUACCAACUCCGGCCGAACGCAAAAACCGCUGCUCUUUUUGUCUAAUGGCUGCCACCAACUGCAGCAUCCCCACCUUUGGACAGCGCUCCAUCACACUUGAUUUUGGCCUUCGUCGGAUUUUCCGAUGGGUUUUUAUUCUUGCCGACGUUUCCGUCGCCCUCAUAGGUGCCGAUUUCCUAGCUCAAUUCAAUCUACUAGUAGAUUUGAGGAAUCGUCGACUCGUCGACUGCGUCAUUAGCCUUCAUGCCCGUUGUGAAUCCGAUGUGAACCCCUGUAUCAACCCUCUCACUGUUAUGCCCAUCUCCGACUCUCCUUUCCCCCUCCUGACCAACCCCUCAUUUCGUGAAGUGGACAUCAAACACACAGUCACCCACCACAUUUCCACCACCGGACCUCCCAAAUCUUGCCGACCACGUCGUCUUGCUCCGGACCGUUUGAAGAUCGCCAAGGCAGAGUUCGAUCACAUGCUUGAGCUCGGCAUCAUCUGGCAGUCCGACAGCUGUUGGGCAUCACCCCUCCAUCUUGUCCCAAAUGAGAGCGGCGAAAGGCGACCGUGUGGUGACUAUCGGGCGUUGAACUCACUGACUGUCACCGACCAGUAUCCCGUCCCGCACAUCCAAGACUUCACUCUUUCGCUGCAUGGUAAGCGAAUAUUCUCCAAGAUUGACCUUGUUCGUGCCUACCACCAAAGCCCAAUCGAGGCCAGUGAUGUGCCGAAAACUGCAGUGACCACUCCCUUUGGGUUAUUCGAAUCCACUCGUAUGCCCUUUGGUCUGAGGAACACCACUCAAACCUUUCAGCGAUUCAUUGAUCAGGUUCUGCGAGGUCUCGACUUCGUCUACGCCUACAUUGAUGAUUUGCUGGUGGCUAGCUCUGACGCUGCUGAACACGAGGUUCAUCUUCGACAACUCUUAGAACUACUCGAUUCCUUCGGCGUUGUAAUAAAUGCUGCUAAAUGUGAGUUUGGAGUCCCCAGCCUAAUCUUCUUGGGUCACGAAGUGAACUUGGAUGGGAUACAGCCCGUCCCAGAAAAGUUUAGGCCAUAUCAACGUUCCCCGUCCCGACAGCCAUCAACCAACUACGCCGCUUUUUGGGCAUGGUGAACUACUAUCACCGUUUUCUUCCCCAUGGUGCCACCAUUCUGCAGCCACUCAACAGCCUUUUGACCCACUUCAAGAUAACACUGGUGAUGACCGAGGAGGCCAUCAAGUCCUUCAAUGACGUCAAGGCCGCACUUGCGAACGCAACACUGCUUGCUCACCCCCGCUCAGAUGCCCAGCUAACUCUCAUGACAGAUGCUUCCAGCACUGCAGUUGGUGCAUCAUUUCAGCAAACUGUUGGUGGUGUUCUACAGCCUCUGGCUUUCUUCUCGAAGAAGCUGAGCCCAGCAGAGACCCGCUACAUUGUCUUCGGCCGAGAACUGCUUACCGUCUACCUAUCCCUCCGGCACUUUCGACAUUUAUGGGAAGGUAGCGAAUUUGUUGUUCUAACAGAUCACAAGCCACUCGUUUUUGCACUGAGGGCCUCUCCCGAUCGAUGCUCGCCCCGUGAAAUCCGUCAUCUUGACUUCAUCUCACAGUUUUCCUGCGACAUCCAACAUGUCCAUGGUAAGGAAAAUGUGACUGCUGAUGCUUUUUCAAGAAUCGAGAUGGCUUCCAUCAUAACAGACGCCAUAGAUUUCACGCUCAUGGGUGAGGCUCAACGAUAGGAUAGCGAACUAUCCCAAUACCACCACGAAGACUUUUUUUACGUCUUCAAGAUGUCCCCCUUCCCACUGGCACUAUAACGUGUGUCCCAGCAACUUUACGACGACGAGUGUUCAACGCUCUUCACAAUCUAUCCCACCCUGGGGUCCGGGCGACAGUGAAACUCAUCACUAACCGAUUCGUUUGGCCCAACAUCAACCCGGAUAUACGGCGUUGGACCGGAUCCUGUCUACCAUGUCGGCGCGCCAAAACGCAUCGGCAUACUAUUACCCCGCCAGGUACUUUCGCCACUCCUGAUGCACGUUUCAGUCAUUUGCGCAUUGACCUGGUAGGUCCGCUUCCACCAUCUAACGGUCCUGCCUAUAUGCGGACAUGCAUUGAUCGCUUUACUCGAAGGCCGGUUGCUGCUCCCAUUCCGGACAACAGUGUCGAAGUCGUAGCAAAAGCUUUCGUGACUCUUUGGGCGUCCAAUUUUGGAGUUCUUGCGACUGUCACUACUGACCGCGGAUCCCAAUUCCAGUCCAUGCUGUUUCGCGAACUCACAUCCCUUCUCGGUACCAACCGAAUUCGAACAACAACAUACCACCCUCAAGCAAAUGGUCUCGUCGAACGUCUCCAUCGACAGCUCAAGACUUCCCUAAUGGCACAACCCGAUCCUUCCCGAUGGUCUGAUCACCUUCCCCUGGUGCUGCUUUCCCUCCGUUCCACUCUCAAGGCCGACAUCGGUUGCACUGCAGCUGAUCUUGUCUACGGAACCUCUCUACGACUGCCCGGUGAGUUAGUGUCUCCUUCAAACACGCUGACGUUUUUUGAACCUUGCAGUUAUGUGA